AUGUUGAAAGUGUUCUUCUUCGCGAAUCUCCUGAUCAAUCUUGAUUGUUCCAAGGAUGUGACGCAUUUAGUGCCUUUUGUGACAAAGUCUCCACAGAAUCACUUCAACACUUCCCACAAUCAUGUGUCUUUGGACCUCAAGACUCGCUACAGAUUGAGAUAUGAGCCCUCAAAUCGCAGAUCGGACGUCUUUAGUGAGGAUCUUGGUGAGAUGGAGAACGAAAUUUCCGAAGGAAGAUCAUCUUCGACACUCAAUCAGGUGUUUAGCUAUAUUUUCACACGACUCAUGAGUCUGUUUAAGUACUAUCAGACCACAGAGGGCAAGGCAUUGGUCAAUAAACCGGGCAGGAGGUUCCUCAACCUCUUCAACAUCGUGCGGUUUCCCAACGAGCCGUGCGCUUCCUCGAACAAAUUCCUCAGGCAACUCAGCGGGAAUUGCUACCAUCAGUUGGAGUGUGAGCAGUUGGGUGGAGUGGGCAUUGAGGACUGUGCCAGUGGCUUUGGAGUCUGCUGCAUUUUUCAAGUCGGUUGCGGCGGAAACAGCGACAAAGAAGUGAGUUACUUCGAGAAUCCAGGCUUCCCAGGUCCCAUCACGGAGCGUGUGGCGUGCACCAUGACCGUGAAACUCCUCCCGGACGUCCAGCAAGUCCUGCUUGAGUUUGUCUUCUUCGAACUCCGUCCGCCAGUCGAAGGUUUCUGCUCAGACGAUCAAUUUGUCGUGUCCGGCAAUAAUCUCAACAGCUUCAUCCCUGUGAUCUGUGGCGUGAACACUGGGCAGCACAUGUACGUCGAUGUCUCAGAUUCCGCGAGCAGACUGCUCUUCCUCUCCAUGCUGUCCUCCGUGGCGGACAACAGGGCGUUCAGCGUGAGGAUCACACAGCUGAAGAGCAACCUGGCGCCCCCGAACUGCCUCCAGUACUUCACAGAGCCCUCCGGAAUCAUUCAGACGUUCAACUAUGAGGACAACUCGACGAUUGUCUCAGUGAGAAAUCCCAGCUAUUUGAAUAAUCUUAAUUAUGUGGUCUGCAUCAAGAGAAUUCCAGGAUUCUGCACAGUUUCAUACUCAAAUUAUGUCAACAAUACCGAGGAGGAAUUCCAGCUGACAAACACGGAUGAAGACGGUGUGAGCAUAAUUCCCCCGAAACAAGCCGGAGCCGAGAUUUUCAACUGUGCUGACGACUACAUCGCAAUAAAUGGAGUCAGAUUGUGCGGAGAGAGACUAAAUGACGGAAGCAGAAGUGAAGACUUCACGAAGAGCUUUCCGGUCACGGAUUUCUCAGCCGGUCCAUUGAUUCUUCCCGUGCGCACAAAUGGAGCCACCGUUGGACGGGGAUUCAAGCUCUUCUACUCGCAAAAUAUAUGCGAUAAUAUUUAAUAUCACGAGAA